GUCUAUUUUAUUCCCUAUUGUAUAGUAUUGUGUUUUUAAGUUAGUUCUUAGUGAUUAGUCCUUAUUUAUGUUCAUAAACACCAUGACAGAUCCCAAACGGCUGGUUAAAAAUACCCUUUUUAACCCAUCUGUGACUGGUAGUACCUUGGAAGAUUUUUCCCAAAAUGCAUUAUUGCUGCCUGCCAUGGAAAAACCACCAUUACCCCCGUUAAAUAUUACACCUGAACAAAUACUUCAAAAAACUCUUAAUCCUCAACCACCAAAUCACGCAACUCAAGCCGAACUAAUACCGUCAGAAACUUUUACGACUCAAGCACCUGAAGCAUCGAUCGCUGCACAUUUUGAACCUCAACCGCAAGAAUCUGUAUUUGGUACUUCAGAGGCUUUAUAUGAAAAAAGAAAUGCUGAGCAAUUUACGGCAUCAAAUUUGACAUCAGUUCUUUCAUCGUUUUCAAAUUAUUUAGGAAUUGGUGGUAAUAGCCGGCCACAAAGUCAUUUAGAACUUGUGCCUGGAUCAGCACCUGCUGAACCAGGUAAUUCUGUGGGAGCGAAUAACAUAGAUGCGCCUCCCAUUCCGCUUUAUGAUCCUAGCAUACCUAUUGGCACUGAAACGAUAGUGCCACCUUCCAAUAUAUUGGGCCAAGGUACAGCCAAUAGUUUUCGUCGCCCAUUACUGAAAAAGCCAGUAUACGCUCAAAUUCCCGGUCUGGUAACUGGUACCUCCACCGUUCCACAAAUUCCUGUUCAAACUUCAGCAAUCCAAAACUACUUUAUUCCCGUUCAACCCUCUAUUCAGUUACAAUCACCUUCUGCCCAAACUUCAGUUUCCCCCGCCAGUUCCACUUCAUCAAUUCAAGACGCUACUUUUGCUUUAAACAGUCAGUUCAAACCUAUAAAUCCCCAACCUGCUGCAUUUCCACCUAUUAAACCUAAUAUGCCUCAACCCCAACAUUCCAGCCAACCUUUAAAUUUAGAAGGUCCCGUUAUGGACGCAAUUCCUGCAAGUGAGGCCCUGUCUUCUCAAGCUCAGUCCGCGUCUUACGCGGCUACAGAUUCUGGAAUAUUACCAGAGAAGAUAUUGGCAACUAAGAUAUAUAGACCAGUUUACCAGCAUUGGUUCUAUAAGACAGGCGAAAACCUUUGGAUUCCAUUUUCUAUGUUGGAUUCUCUCGCAUUAGAAAAUGCCUUUAUCUCAAAUGAUUUAGAUCCAGACAAAGUUAUAGCCACUGAUGGAGGUCGCUAUGACGUAAAUAUUCUCAGACGACAAAGAAUACCGGUUUACUGGAAGGGAGACACCAGCGAAGUGCGCCGAUGUUCAUGGUUUUAUAAAAAUAUGGAAGAUAAACAGGCUAUAAAGUAUGUCCCCUAUGAAGAAAAUCUAGCUACUACCUUAGAAGAAGAGUUUAAACUAUCUUUUGAAACUAAUCAGUGGAAUAGAGAGGUUAAACUGUCAAAUGGAGAUACAGUUUCCUUUUUUGCACCAGAUCUUCUAGUUGUGCAGCCCGCAAUAAAAAAACCUUGGAUGACAACCUCUAAUCAGCGAAUUCCAGAAUAUUCAAAGGUAAAACGUGGAAUGGAUGAAUUCGACAUUGAUGAAGGAGAACCUGCUGAGAUUGACCAUCUGUUAUUUAUGGUUCAUGGUAUAGGAUCAGUGUGCGAUCUUAAAUUUCGAAGUGUAGAAGAAGUAGUUGAUGAAUUUCGAGGCAUCGCUCUCCAGCUAACACAGUCUCAUUAUAAAACAUCUUACGAACAAGGCCUAGUGCAUAGAAUAGAAGUCUUGCCUAUUAGCUGGCAUGGAAAACUUCAUUCAGAAGAGACCGGUGUCGAUGAGCAACUUAAGAAAAUAACACUACAAAGUAUUCCAAAACUCCGAGAAUUUACCAAUGACACCAUUUUAGACGUUUUAUUUUAUACUAGUCCUACUUAUAGUCAAACAAUAAUCUCAACUGUUGGGGACGAACUAAAUAGGAUUUACAAUCUUUUUAAGCAACGGAAUCCGAAAUUUAAUGGCGGAGUAUCCAUUGGUGGGCACAGUUUGGGAUCUCUGAUAAUUUUUGAUUUACUUGUACAUCAGCAUGAUGACAUCGACGAGCAUCGUGACGAGACAUCUAAUCUGCCAGAUACUCCCGAAAAGUGUGAUCAAACGCAACCUAGCAAAGCGACAGUUACUAGAAAAAUUAGUUACAUGAUGGGAUCUUUUGACGCCGGACCAAAAAUAUCAUAUCCUCACCUCAGUUUUAAACCUACUUCAUUUUUUGCUCUUGGGAGUCCUAUAGGCAUGUUUGUGACUGUGCGAGGCUUGGAUAAAUUGGGAGAGAACUUCUACUUACCAACAUGUCCAGCAUUCUUUAAUAUUUUUCAUCCGUACGACCCUGUAGCGUACCGUAUUGAAGCAUUGAUAAAUCCUGAGUUAUCUAAAUUAAAACCUGUUUUAAUUCCACACCAUAAAGGACGCAAACGGAUGCACUUGGAGCUGAAAGAAACAGUGGCAAGAGUGGGUGCAGAUCUCAAGCAAAAAGUCGUGGACUCCAUGCGAAGUACAUGGAACUCUUUAUAUCAAUUUACGAUGUCCCACAGGUCAGAUCAAUCGGCUUUGGAGAAUGAAGUUAAUAAAAAUAUCCAGAAGCAUCUUGAAGCUACUCCAGAAGAGGAGCAGUUGGACCCGAAUCCUCAACCAGAGAAAACAGAUAUACCUUUAGGUAACUUAAAUAAAGGAAGAAGAAUAGACUAUGUCUUGCAAGAAGCUCCGUUUGAGUUUUUUAAUGAAUACAUUUUUGCUUUAACAAGUCAUGUUUGCUACUGGGAGUCCGAGGAUACAAUUUUAUUAAUCUUGAAGGAAAUUUACUCCGAGUUAAAUAUAGGAACUGAUAAUCAGAUUCCACAACAGAGUAUGACCAUUGAAAGAUUAACGUCUUCGCAAAAAUCGAACGCAGAGCGGAGUUCACCGCCAUCCGACCUGUCCACCAACCUUCCUCCUCCUCCAACGAGUGGUUUUGUUCGAAAAACGUAAUAUGUUCUGUAACUAAAUAAAUGAAAAGACCGACGACUUCCAAAAUACACCCCCAAUAAUUGAAAUUUACCCGUUAAAAAAUCCGAGUAAUUAACUUUGUAGAAUUUUUUUUAUUAAACAGAACUAUAUUUUUAAUACUUGUUAUCUAGUAAGUAAUUUCAUUUGAUAAGAAACUGUUUUAUGUAUGAGUUAACAUUUACGUACCUGAAGUUAAAGGCACUAUUUUUGUUAUGAAAUUAUUAUAUUUUAUAUUGUUUAACAAUGUCUAUACAUUUAUUAACUGAUUAAUUUUAAGUUAAUAAAUGUUUUUGAUAAAGAUGAAUUAAAAA